AUGUGGAUGUACCGCAUGUCCAUCGAGUGGAUGGAUGUGAACACGUUAGUGGCGCCCUGCACGACGCACUCCCUCGUCUCUGGCAUGGCCACCGGGGUGCACGUGGCCAGGAAGACUGGCUCGUUGCGGCUGCACAGCGGCAGGAACGACAGUGAAAGACUCUUGGUGAUUCUCGUUAAUUCAAUAAUGGAAAAACUUGUUCCUGGAAAAAGGCCCUUAGUUCCUCGCAACAUUUUGGUGGAGACUAUUCUUAAACAUAAACAUGAACUUGUUUUCAACAACGAGAUUGCGCGGGCAACAGCGGCUGUUUGGAAAGUGAUUGAAGCUGGUUUAGACAAUAAAAUUAAGGCGACAUCUCUUCACUCGAUGUGUGUGGGUAAUCGGUAUCAUUUGAAAAGUUUGCUCACAGACACAGCAACGCUGGAUGCUGAUCAGGAAUAUGAGACUAUCGACGAAUCGAAAGCACUUGAAAACGCAUGUGCUUUGAUAUUCUCAGGGGAUUUCAAUAUAACAAAAUAUGCAAACAGGUGUUUCAAUACUGGUAAAACAGAUUUUCCCAAAACAUACAUAAGAACUGACGUGGCACAUUACAUCAAGAGUUGGGUAAAUUUCUUCAGUAAAGAAAGUAAAGAAAAAUGGAAAAAAAAAUUCUACUUGUGUGCUAUUGGCCAAUUGAUUCUUUGUCGUGACAGAGAUUCUGCCAAGUGCUUAAUUACUGCACUAUUGACAGUUUCCCUUUCUGAAAAAGCGGGUGUAGGUGCAACCUCUUUAAAUGAAUCUCUCCAUACAAUUAAGUCCCUUGUUCUUGGCAACACUUGUCAAGAAGAAGAAGUUGAGGAAAUAAUAAGCAAGACAAUUGAAGAUUCUGAAAAAGACAUCGAAGAGGCAACAGAAGAGGGAGAAGAUGAAGACGAACCUCAAAUGUCAAAUUUGGUCGCGAAUCAAUGGCAGCAGUGGGGCAAUGAUGUUAGGAAUGAGGUUGAAAGAAAAUUAGAGUACGAAAAUGGAGAUGAUUAUAAUCCCAGAUAUUUUCCCGCCUUUGCCGAACGUCUCAUGAAAAAAAUGGCAACAAUUCCUCUUUGGAGUUGCAUUUGCCGAGAUGAUUUUGGUUAUGGGCGAAUUCCUGCCAGUAGUGCUCCUGUAGAGGCAGAAUUCAAUAUUAUUAAAAAUCGAAUUCUCUGCAAGCGGAUAUUACGUGUAGAUGUCGCAGUAAGAACAUUUUUGGAAUACAUUGAUGGGAAAUUGAAAAUAUUCGAAGCUAAAUCAAAUCCUACGAACGAAAAUAUCAAUAUUGAAAUAAAAUCAACUAUGGAGUCACCUCGGCGACCAAAGAAAAUAGAUGUUUCAGAUGACGCCACACCAAGUAAUUUCGAAAUUGAAAAAGAAUUUUCUUUAGAUUUCCCAGUUGUUUCUCUUAAUAGCACAACUGCUUAUGAGAUUGCACAAAAAUUCAAUAGUAGCAGAUCCAGAGAUAUUUUCAAAGAUGAACUUUCUCCAAUCAGUUCUACAAAAAAUGAUACGCAUUGUCCAAGUGGAAGCAUUGAAAAAGAAAAUUUUUCUGGUUCCAAAUGCGAAUCUUACGUACCAGAAGAAUCGAUUCGGAGAAGGAAACCACUUCAAGAUUUGUCCUCAGAAAUGAAUCAAGAAUUCGUUUGCGAAUAUUGUGAAAAAAAAUCGAAUAAUGAACAAGUUUGUGUAAUUUGUAAACGCAUAAUGUGUUCCGAAUGCACGGUAUCUCAAACAGAAGAGGAAGGUGAAAUGAAACUAUGCCUCGAAUGCUUCCAAAAUUCGAGAAAAGACGACCGCCUUGCAACUCAAAAAAUUGAUAAUUGGAAAGGAAAGGGCGGAUCGCCGAAAAUUUCCAAAAAAUCCCGAUAUCUGAAUAAAAACACAGCAGAGUUCCUAGACGCAAUGUCUUUCAAAAAAUACUGUAAAUUACCAUGUCUAAAAAAUGGAACAAUUUCAUCUUUACGCCUAAUCAAAAUUGGAAAUUCAGAAGUGUCACUCACAAACACCUGUGCGUUUGACAGCAUCACCCAAAUAUUAAUGGCGGCAAUGAGUGACAAUGACAAUAUAAAAAAAUUCAUGAAUAUCCAUAGAUAUCAAAAUAAUUUUUUUGAUCUUGUGUAUGACACUGUGGAACAUGGUAUAAGUCAAAAGACUUAUAAGAGAAGGGCUGAGAUAAUUUGUCACUUAUUUGGAGAAGAAAUAAAAGAUAAUACCACACAUGAAAUCAACUGCACAACAAGUGCGAGCUCUCUAGCUGCCAAAAUAUUUAAAACUCAUCCAAGUUUUAUAGAAAUUCGUCAAUGUGAAGAUGGGUGUUAUCGAAAAAUCGAGUACGCAACAUAUGGUUGGCAUGCGAGAUUACUGAAAGAAAAUUUACAGACCUUCAUAGAAACUAUCGCAACAAAGGAAAAAAGAUGUAAAAACAAUUGCGAAACAUAUCAAUCAGUUUCAUUGGAAAUGGGAGACAUCGUAUUGUUCGAAGUAUAUGGGCAGGAGGAUAAAAUACCCAUAGACUCAAUAAGCAAUUCGUUCAUCAAUAAAUCAAAUGAAACCUACCAUCUCAUGGGUGUCAUUCAUUAUGUUGGCCCGAAAAUGCUUACACGAACUCCAAUUCCAGGCCAUUAUAUUGCUUACUGCAAAAGGGGAACGUGCUGGAUGGUAUACGAUGACCUGAAGGAAAAAGCAGAAAGAUCUUCACAAAAUUUGAAAGUGUAUCCUGAAAUAUUGGUCUAUUGUAAAAUAUAA